AUGCCCACCACGUAUUCGACGAUUUGCCUGACCCAACAAGAAGGUGUAGGAAAAGACACUAGCGACCAACCCGAGGACUCUGUGCCAGUCCUGAAGAGAUUGGGCUGUAGCGAUGCUGACAUAGCCAAGAUUUUCACAAAGGCAUCUGCUCUAAAGCACGCUGACAUAGACCAGCUUAACUGGAAACUCGAACUCCUAACUGGGUUGGGACUUACCGCACCUGAGAUGGUGAAGAUAGUCUGUGGCCGGCCCCGGAUUCUCGUUUCUCGACUCACCUGCUUUGCUGAGCAGCUUAAGUACUUCAAUGAAUUGUUUGGUUCAAGGGAGUUGCUUGUCAGAGCCAUUUUGAGGAACCCGUCUCUCCUGACCUAUGACCUUCACAAGACAAUCAAACCCACCAUUGAGAUGUAUAGAGUAGUUGGUCUUGAUAUGAAGGACUUGAUCCAAAUGAUUCUAGCGCGGCCGACAUUGAUCUCAAGAACUUCAUUUAGUGAAGAGAAGAUGGAGUUUAUCCGCAAGACCGGGGUGUCAAAAACUGCCACAAUGUAUAAGUAUGUAGUCACACUCAUUGGCGUUUCGCGCCUUGAAACUAUCCGUCAGAAGAUAGCAAACUUUGAGAAGUUUGGUAUGUCAGAAGAAGAGAUUUUCUGUCUUUUUGGGAAAUCUCCCUAUGUUAUGUCACUGUCAAUCGAUAAGGUUCAGAGGAACAUGACUUUCAUCUUGUCACAAUUGAAGCUUCCUGCUAAAAUAGUUCUUGAUCGCCCAAGUUUGCUAUACUUGAAUCUGGAGAAUGUGAUGAAGCCACGAGCACUUCUCGCAGGGAAGAUGCACGAAAUGGGACUUGAACCGCAGAUUACAGGUCCUAUGAUCUUGACUGUAAUGAGGAUGAAUGAGAAGAGAUUUCUGAAGGCAUUUGUUAGUCAUCAACCGAUGGAGGUUGCUGAUGAAUUGAUGGAGUACUACGAAAAUGUGAAGGGUGUGAAGCGAUUGGCAGAAGCCUCGAAGAAGAACUGUAAUUAUGGAUUUCCUUUCUGA